AUGGCUUCAUCAGGCUUCUCACCAGUAGUACCACCAGUCUUCAAUGGAGAGGGCUAUCACAUUUGGGUGGUUAAAAUGAGGACCUACCUGCAAGCAUUCGACCUAUGGGAGGUGGUCAACUCAGAUGCUGAACCAGCACCAUUGAGAGCCAAUCCAACAAUGGCUCAGAUCAGGCAACAUGCUAAUGAAAGGACCAAAAGGCACAAAGCCAUGUCCUGCAUUCAGAACUGUGUGUCAGAUGUAAUCUUCACAAGGAUCAUGGCCUGUGAGACACCAAAACAGGCCUGGGAAAGACUGAAGGAGGAGUUUCAAGGGACUGAGAGAAUAAGGCAGAAACAGCUAUUGAACUUAAGAAGGGAUUUCGAGAAUUUGAAGAUGAAAGAGAAAGAAACAGUCAAGCAGUAUUCAGACAGAAUUAUAGUUGUGGUUAACAGCAUAAGGCUCCUUAGAGAGCAGUUCAAUGAAGCAAGGAUAGUGGAGAAAAUGCUCUCAACCUUACCUGAGAGGUAUGAGGCAAAAAUAUCCUCUUUUGAAGGCUCAAGGGAUCUAACCAGCAUCACAUUAACUGAGCUGAUUAAUGCUCUUUAUGCACAAGAGCAAAGAAGAGCCAACAGACUAGAGGAGCACCAAAAGGGUGCCUUUCAAGCCAAAACUAAGCCUAACUCGAGUACCACUACCUACAAAGGCAAGAAGACCUGGAAAGACAAACCUAAGUCAGAUGCUCCAAGAAGAUGGGAUAGACCUUGCAGGCAUUGCAAAAGGCUUGGUCAUCCAGAGGUCAAAUGCUGGUUUAGACCAGAUGCUCAAUGCCAAUAUUGCAAGAAGAUAGGGCAUGUUGAAAGACAGCAAAAGGCUAAGGCUCGAGUAGCUGAAGAGGGUAGUGACCAUGAGGAGCAGGUCUUUGUAGUUACCUGCUCAGCUGCUCAAAAGAAAGUGUCAAAUGGAUGGCUCCUAGACAAUGGCUGCACUAAUCACAUGUCACCAGAUGCUGCCAUUUUCAAGUCAUUAGACAAAAGCUGCAUGACCAAAAUAAAGGUUGGCAAUAGGCACUUUAUCAAGGCAAAGGGCAAAAGGGGAUGUGUUGAUAUGCACUCACAUAGCAUUGCUCAGUUGCUUGAGAAAGGCUAUGCUAUGGUGUUCAAAGGCAGUGAGUGA